GACAAAAAGCGCGGGAAAACGAAAAAAAGCCAAAAAAAUAAAGAUAUAAAAAAAAUAAAAAAUCCGACACGCGAACCAUUUCACGGCUGUCCACGCAGGGUGAGAAGGAAGCCGAGCUCGUCCGGACUCUCAUUUCGUUCUCGUUUUUCCUUUCUUCCUAUGGCGCCUAGAAAGAAGGCUGAAGAGACGAAAUCGACGUCGUCGGAGAAGCCAGCGACUAGGAGGUCGGCUCGGAUGACUCGGAGCACAGCUAAGCGAUUCAAUGCGAAGCUGACUGAGUUACCGACCGAGUCGGGAAAGAAGAGAAAGCAAGAGAAAGCAGCAGAGAGUAAGGAGAAGAAGGUGAAGACUCAUGUGAAAGAAGAAGCGGAAACUAAGACUUCGUCUUCCUCGGAGGCUGAGGUGGAAGGUAAAGCAGAGGAAGUUGAAGAAGAAGAACCGGAGGCCGACGAGGACGGAACGAAAGAAGAAGAUGCUAAGGAAGAGAGUCCCGCUGGUGAUGCAGUUACUAAGACUAUUGUGAUUGAACAUUGCAAACAGUGCAAUGCAUUCAAGACAAGAGCUAUUCAGGUGAAAGAUGGUCUGUUGAGUGCCUUUCCUGGUAUCUCCGUGUUACUCAAUCCUGAAAAGCCUAGAAGGGGAUGCUUUGAAAUACGGGAAGAAGGUGGGGAAACAUUCAUCAGUCUUCAGAACAUGAAAAGACCGUUUCCACCUUUGAAGGCACUUGACAUGGACCGAGUCAUCUCGGAUAUAAUUGACAGGGUCAGAAGCUCAACCAAUGCAUCUGGAUGAAUCUGGUUGAAUUACAAGAGAGUCCUUUUUUGGGGGGGUUUCAUCGAAAGUUAACCAAGUUAAUCUGGUUCAAUGGUCAAAACCUUAAAAGAGCACUGAUCGUAGGUGUGGAUUAAUGAUUAUGCAUUUCCUAAUUAUUCUUCUGAUUCUGUUAAGGUGAGCCUUACAGCCAUUUUGGAUAUUCUUGAGAAGCUCAUAUGAUGAGCCUGUGCGGACAAGCGGAUUCAUGUUUGUGUAUUUGAAAUGUUUUUACCACAGCUAAUGAAUUCAGGAAAGUGGUUCUUCGGAUC